AUGACUUCUAACUCAUUGUCAACGUUUCCUGAUGGAUUCAAUAUUGGCGACAUUACUUGGGCAAGACGUAAUCAGGAUGGUAUGUAUUGGCCGGGAAGAAUAACAUUUAUAUCGAAUAAUGUUAUCGAUGCAGUAUCAACUCAGAUUAAUUUACAAGAGCAAAUGUGGUCUUAUCUUAUUGAAUAUUUUGGAUGUAAUCAAUCGAACUGGACGACUGACGUUCUUCCCUAUCGGCAAUAUCGAGACUAUAUGUCAAAGCAUUUAUCUUCUCACUAUGAUGCUCAUCCACAGAUAAAAUAUCGACUCUUAAAUGCUAUUAAUCAAGCGGAUUAUGCUAAUAUGAAUGGGAGUUUUCAUUCUAUGAAAUCAGAUAAUUCUUCGUCGUCUUAUUCAUAUACAACCAAUCAAAAUUAUAUACCGACAUCGAAUUCUACCGCUACAACUAAUGAUAAUCCAGUAUCGUAUAAUUAUUCAUUAAAUUCUUAUUAUCAAUAUCCAUCCAAUUCUCUAUGUAACGCUCACGUUCAUCCCAAUAAUUGUUGUUCGUAUUGUACGCAAUCGAACUAUUCAGCAACAAAUCAAUUAACAAUAGAACCUAGCUUGAACUCAGUAUCACAAGUCAACAAUCAAUAUUCUCAAUUCCACAGCGAUGCUAUCUCUUCUCAAACCGAUACAUUUCAAAAAGAAAAUUCUAUCAUAAUAAUUACAUCGAAAAUCUAUUCAAAUUCUUCAUUUAUUUCUCAUCUUUUCAAUUGCCUAUCGAACGUUUUUCAACCUUCAAUAAUCUACAUUGAAGAUAUAAUUCAUUAUCAGCAUCCACAUACAGUCAAUAUUACUUAUCUAAUUUCUUUCGAUUAUUUCAAUUCAACCAUUCAACAAACAUUGAAUUCAACGAUUCUUAAUAAUCUGAGUGCACAUAUUAAUUAUUUAUUUCUUAUUAUUAAUUCGCCAUCGUAUGAUCUCAUUCGGCAUUUCUAUUCAACAAUAACAGAUACACGAAGUAUUGUUAUUCUUCAGUAUCAUACAACUAUUUAUGCACAAAAAUCAAAUANUCUGAGUGCACAUAUUAAUUAUUUAUUUCUUAUUAUUAAUUCGCCAUCGUAUGAUCUCAUUCGGCAUUUCUAUUCAACAAUAACAGAUACACGAAGUAUUGUUAUUCUUCAGUAUCAUACAACGUUUGACAAUGAACCCCUAUUAUUAUGUUCAGGAAAUCGAACAACAUUUGACAAGAUUCAAUCGUCAUUUUUGAAGUAUUUAUGCACAAAAAUCAAAUACAUGGAAUCAAAUGGGACUCAACCAGAACAAUGCGAUUCAUCGAAUAGUAUUUCGUCGAGAUCACAAUCAAAUAAUUUUAAAAAUAUAUCAAUGAUAGAAUUUCCCAAUCAAACAGUUAGCUCAAAUUCGUGGCAACAGCAUGAGAGUUUUAAGAAUGAAUAUUUCUCUUUAUCGCCAAUGAUGAAACGCAAAAAAAACUUACGCCAAGGAAAUGUUUUUGAUAAUUUUAGAAAAAAACUAUUUAAACGCAAACUUAAACAAAAUCAAAUUCUAUCCAAUGCAUCAUCGGAAUCCUGUAUACAAAAUAUUCUUCAUAGUGUUGAUUCUUCCAAAGAACCUAUAACGUAA